AAAGGAUGGUCGUCAACCAGGGGCGGGUCAUUGUUGUCGCAUCGAGCGCCGACGUGCCGCCGAGCGACGACUCGCCGCCUUCCCCGCAUCAUCGUCCUAGUCGUCACCUCUCGCCCAAGCUCCUAACGCUGUGCGGCUACGUCUACAUGGUGUUUACGAUGGCGUGCAGCGUCGCGUACAUCACCAUCCUCAAGCCGCACGUGGCCAACGACUAUUGGUGGCAGGGCUUCAACUCGACGGGCCACCAAACGUUUCUGAGCGACUGGUGCAACGCGAUGCUGCUGCUCAAUGCAUCGGGUACCUACUCGCUCUUUGACGAGCGCAUCGUACUGCCCAGAGACUACUCGUCGCCGUCGACGUUCAUCGAGCUCUCGUUCGCAUCCCCGCGGUCGAUUCUGCAAGGCAACGUUCCGUUGGCACUUGUCGUACCCUCCAUUCGCAGCAACUCGGUGUACUGGAACCUGCGCCAGUUUGUCAAGUAUUGCUGGGUCGACUUGACCCUGCGCUAUGAACUGGCACUCACGGCCAAGCAGCAAACGCGCUGCUACUCGUACCACGCGACCAAUGCUGCCGUGUAUCUCGAGCCUAUCUUGCGCAAUGUUGACGUCGCCGAUGUCCUUGACGGGCCGAUGGCACAGCCGCUCGUGUCGGGCAUUUUUGCUAUUGUCAACACGACGGCGUUUGGCCAGGCGUGGCUCACAGCGACGCUCCGCGGGCCGGCUUCGUACCUCUCGGUGGACGCUGAGGUCGCGUUUUGGGUCGCGCACGGCGCAUCCCGCUGGCAGUCGGAAGUGACCAACUACUACCAACAAGGCGUCGAAGAAACCCUCGUCAUUGAGAAUGCGCUGGGGCUCACUCAAACCAUUCGUAUCAACGAGAUCCCGUUUGCAUUCCGGGGCCUGAGUCUCUGGUCCAUGGUGAGCGCGUACAUUGGGGUUUGGAACGACCUCUGGUCGUCGCUCGACCCACCGGGCCCCAUGAGUCUUGUCCGAACCGCACCGAAUAGCAUCGAGUACUUCAAUGCGACUAGCAACUUUUAUUACAUCCCGAGCGCGACGGCGCCGCCCGUGACAGCCGCCUUUGUCAACGCACUCGGACCGCUUGGCAACGUCAACAUUCGCCUCGUACCGUAUCCCAGCGAGCUCACGGCGCUCUACCUUGGCCUCCAAGACGCGCUGUACCGCCAGCUCGAGACCAAUGCCACGUUUGUCGCGGGCUACGACAUUGUGCCGGCGUCAACAACCGUGUACCCGACUCCAUCGCACUGGACGACGCGUGGGCCCUUCUACACGGGCAACUUGAUGUGUGUGAGCGAGACCGACGCCACGGCCUUUGUGCAAGAGUCGUUUGGCUUCUAUGACGCGUGCUCCCAGCCGACGCCGCUCACGAUCGCACUGGAGCGUCCACACGUUGUCCUUGCCGCCGCCCUCGCCAACGUGUCGAAUGCACUUUCUGUUUGCGCUCUUGCGAGCGCCAGCACGCGCGACAGCUGCGGACUUGCGCUCUUAGCCGCCAUGCGUAUCCCUCUGGUUGUCCCACCCCUCGACGCCGUCUACGCUGCACUGCAGCCGCUUGGGAUUUCCAUGUACCAAGUCGCAGCGCCCUCCCAGUUGCUGUCGCAGCCCAUGCUCUCGCAGACCUCAUGGGACCUCUUUGGCUGGAUCACGCUCCUUGAGUGGCUACACGGACGCCGCGAGGUCUACACGUUCGAGACGGACGGGACGUCGGUGACGGUCAUGUCGCGGCGCACGGAGCCAUUGCGAAUGGCGGCCAACCCGUUGGAGCUGCCAGUGAGCGCGUGCAAGUACAUUUGGAGCAUCACCCUGUACGUCACGAUCGUCAUCAACGUCAUCAUGGUGCUCAUGGUGUGCUUUGCGUGUCGCGCGCCGUUCCGCGUGUGCGGCCACGACCUCUUCAAGGUCAACCGGGUCGUCGGCUGCACAUGGAUCGGGCGACCGUUCCUCUUUGUGCGGGGCGUCACAGCCCUCGCGCUCCUCAGUACAUCGCCGAUAGCGUUUGUCCAGCGGCAGGGGCUCUCGCGCUUCGUACUGGCGCCGCGGUCGCUUCUCGAGGUCGUCCUCAUUGCCGGCGAAGGCACGUGGAUCACGUACGUUGUGAGUGACUUCUUCCUCCCGUUUACCAAAGACGGCGCGAAUGCCUCAGCGCCCAUGAGCAGCCUCCUCGCGUGGCUGACCAUGGUUCUCCUCGAGCGCUUUGCACCAUAUCACGCCACGCUCACACUCGAGCGACGCUGUGUCGUCACGACACUCGGGCUCGAAGCGUCGUGCCGCAGCGGCCGCGUGGCCAUUGGCAGCGUCGCGCGCCUUGCGCUUUUUCUCUGUAUCAACACAGUGACUGUGUUUGUAUCGAUUCUCGCCGUCGGUCUGCUGCAGCACUGCGCGUCCAAGCUCGAGCAGCGCGGACCUCGGAAGCGCCAAAUCCACCUCUUGAUCCCCGCCGCCUCCGAGGGAUACCUCGCCCACACCCACGAGCGCCAUUGGUACAUGGACCAAGUGAUUUGCGUCAUGUCGGGCUUGGUGCCGUUGGGGCGUGGUAGGGUGCUGGACAUGAAGCUAUGGCUGCUGUUUGAGAUCGACGCCGUGUUUACGGUCCAGACAACACUACAGGCGACGACGCCACUCGGCUCACGCGCGGUGUUGACUCCCGUUUUCGAUGGAGCCGCGUCGAGCGUCCCGUCGCGCACGACGAUGCGGAUCCAAGCGGCGCUUGGGCUUCUCUACAUGGCGGCGUCGCUCUUUGGGAGCUACUCGUUUCUGUACCUCUCGCAGUUUGCCAUGGGCAACGACUUUUGGUGGGCGUACUUCAACGCGACGGGGGCCCAGACAUAUACGACCAACUGGUUCAACGACCGCCUUCAAGUGCUCACAAACCUCUCGGACGUUUCGCCGUCGCUCGACAAUGCAGUCUUCUUCUCGAAUGACAAUCUGUACAACACGUCGGCGACCGCCGCGAGCGUCCCGGUCUUGUACGCCAACAUGAUCCAAGAUGAAAUCAAUUCGCUUGUGCAGGUGAUUGACGGUCUCCGAAGUAUGGAUGGCUGCGCGGUUCCGUGGAUCGCAACGUCCUACUGCUACGUCGACUGGCGCCAAACGUGGUCGCUCGCAUCGUCGUGGCGUCGCGAAGUCGCGUGCGCCCGCCAGAGCGAGAAUGCAGCCAUCUACCUCGAGUCGGUGCUCCGCAACGCACACUGGCCGUCGCUCUCGCAUUGCUGGGGCGACGCUCUGAACAUCAGCAUCUUGUUGCCGCUGCAGCGUUCCCGCGCGGGGCAGGAAUGGUCGUCGGCGCUGUACACGGCCAUGUCGACCCCGCUCGCCACCGAAGACGAAGCGCUGACGUGGCGCCGUGCGGGGCUUCUUUCGUUCACCACGUUGUGGCAAAACUACAAGGCGCUCGGUGUCAUUGAGCAAUUUGAGAUUCACAAUGCUUUUGGACUUGCGUAUGCGCUCAAACUCAAAAGCUCGAACGCGACGCUGCAGCUCGGAACGCAAACCUCGUACAAGAUGUUUACGCCGCUCGCGUUCGCGCUCAGUUUGGUGCGAGACAACACGACGGUGCUCGGCGGUACCAGCCUUCUUCGGGGCUCACCAACGUUUGGGUACACCAACGUCUCGGCCGCGACCGUGCUCAUGCAAAAUGGGUCGCUCCCAAGCCCGCUCGGGCUCGGACUCUCGCUGUUUCGCUCGAGCAUUGGUCCGUUUGGUGAGGUCGACUUGCGCCGACUGCCGUGCCCGGACGUGGUCAAGCAGUGGUACGAGACGUCUCACGCCUUGCUGACGCUCGUUAUCACGGCCAAUGACGCGGCCAUGCACGACUUUACCGUCGCCCUCCAGAGCCCAAACCAGUACACGCCAAGUCCAUGGUCGAACGCGACCGACUACUAUGGCGGCAACCUCCUCUGCGACUCGCAGGCGUCGCCCGAUACGUCGGUGCUGACGUUUUUCACGCUUGGUGGGUCGUGCAUGGCCCACAUGAACGAUCUCCUUGGAGUCACUACGAUGAGUGCGACCAUGGCGGUGGCCGCCUUGGGCAGCGCGCUCACACCAGUGAUGAUGGAUGAUAUCGACGCGAUGGCAUCCGACGGCGGCAAGACGCUGGACCUUCUGCACGGUAUUCUCACCUAUCUUGAUGCGCAUGUACCGCCCGAGAACCAAACGCGCCUUGCCGCACUCGCCGCCAACGUGCGCACCGAAAUGCACACCAACUACCCGGUGGCGCUCGCGCAAUACAUUAGCUUCAACGUCAGUCUUGGCGCCGGUGUCUAUGGUCGCGGGCCACCGCUCUUGGCGCAAGGCUCGCUAUUUGACGGCACGUCCCAUUCGUACGAGUAUUUUUCGUGGUUGUACCUCGUCGAAUGGGUCCACGGCGUGCGCGAAGUGGUCGUUUUCGAAAGCAGCGUCGGGCGCGUCACGACCUUCUCGGGUCGAAACGCGAUUGCACGCGUGCCGGUCAACGGGAUGGAGAUCCCAAUCAACGUCGCCACGUACUUUCAGCGCGUCGUUCAGUACAUCACGGUCGUCCUCGGGUUUGUGACGCUCUUGGCGUCUCUCUACAUUGUCACCUCGGGCGGCUUCAUUGAAGCCAGCAACCUCCUCGUCGUCAACCGCGUCGGGGGGCUUGUCUGGAUCGGCCGCCCGCUGCUGUUUCUACGCAGCAUGACGGCCAUCUGCCUCCUCUCGACAUCGGGCCUCCAGCUCAUGCAAAUGGCCGGCUAUUUCCGCUUCGAGUCGGUGCGGGCGCCGUGGUACACCACGAUUACAGCCUCGGGCGAGCUUACGUGGCUAGCGUUCAUCUUGAACGACGCCUUCUCGCUUCUCACGCAGCAAUACACCUCGGGCUACUCGUCGAAAUCGGCGCUUGCGGUCUGGGGGGCCUCGGCCAUUUGGAGUUUUGCAUCGCCCAUUACCCAUCAUGUGCAGCUCGAGCGAUCGUGCGUCGUGGUCGCUGUCGACGCCCAAGCCAUUUGCCACGGCGGUCACGUGGCCAUUGGGAGCGUCCAGCGGUUUUUGGCUCUGAACGGACUUGUUGCUGGCAUUGUGCUUGUGCUCUACCUCCUCGAGCGCCUCCGGUUCCCGCACUUGGCGCCGCCGCCAGCCAGCUCGUUCUUUUUGUAUGCGGCCGCCAACUACCAGUUCAAGAAGGCCCGGUGGCACCACCGAGACGUCUACUGCAUCGACAAGGCAUCCGCGGUCAUCAACGGGCUCCUGUCCUUCGAGUGGGGCGACCGCGUCUUCCUGCUCGACAUCAAGACGUGGCGCAAGCAUAUCGUCGCCAUUGGCAAAGAGCGAAGGGAAAUCCGAGAUGACAUGUCGCUGCAGCACUUGACCAUGGUCAAGACCACCGUGUGCGCUCUCGCCGUGCUCCAGUGCAUCGACUCGACGACGGCCGCCAGCGAGACCCAGAACUUGCGCGCCACGUGGGGCGGCGGUGGCGGUGGCAUCGACCUCGGCGGCGCCAUCAGCAGCCUCGUCCAAAACUGCCUCAACGGCUACGGCCUCUUCAACGGCGGCGGCGGUGGCGGCGGCUGGGGCGGCCAAGGCACUGCUAACACCAACACCAACGGCGGUGGUGGCGGCUGGGCCUAA